AUACAUUUUAAAGAGCUGUAUUCGUAUGUUUGCAAAAAUAGGUAAGUCUAUUAAACCAGAAAUGUAAGACAGAAAAUAAGCAAGUAAUUCAUGAAAUAUAACAUCGUAUCAAUUGCUGCGUUCAUUUCCUGACACUCAAAUAUAACGAGAUCUCUUUCUCCAUCUCAAAAGUUAACGCCAAUGAAUAAUAAUGGCUGACGAGAAGGUUUGCAAGCAGUUCAUGAAGACCUGCGCGCUGUCCGGAAGUGAAGACCCGACGGUGAUGACGCGCCACUGCAGCCGGAACAUCCGGCGCUUCUUCUGGGACGAGGUCAAGGACCUGGAGCACGUGAAUCUCAAACACUGCGAGGAGAAAGUCUUCAAGGAGGUCAUGAACAAAAAGAAGCAAAACAUGCGAGUGGAUCCCGCGCACGUGGAUGCCUAUAUAACCGGGAUAGCGCACGAAAUCACGAAAAUACAGCGAGGAGACCCGAAGUUGCCACGUGACGACCCACGAGUCACAGUAACAAAGGAGCUGCUCGAAAACAUCGUGCGCACCACCAAGGUCAUGAUGACCGGAGCGAUCGAAAAGCCAAACGACGGGCGGGGUCCGGCGGGCCCGCUGACUGUCGGUGCCGACGACGACAUCGUGGUUCCCCAAAACCGCACUAAGGAGAACGUCAAGUACCAGUUCCGGAAACCCGAGUUGCCCAAGGCGAUGCGCCACGUGUACGAUCUGCGGCACGGGAAACCUAUUGUUAUAGCGAAGCGGGACUACGGGAACUUGUCGUAAACAGAAUAUAGAAUUGACGUCUUUGCAUCUUUAAGAAUGAUGGAGAGUAUGUCGGUACAUUUCAAUUACCGCCAUGACGCUUUGAUGAAAGUAAAUUAAAGGGGCCCUCUCACGUUUUGGUAAAUUGAUAAAAUUUAAAAAAGUUGUUUCAGAUUCGCAAAUUUUCGUUUUAGUUAUGAUAUUUGUGAGGAAAUAGUAAUACUGAACAUUAACCAUGCUCUAAAAUAUCCAUUAUAUGCAUCUUUUGACGAUUUAAAAACCUGAAAGUUAUAAAGCGUUGCAACGCGAAACGAUUGAAUAAUUUGGAGAGUUCUGUUGUUGUCGAUAUAUUUUGUGAAACUACGAGGAUUGCUUUUAUAAAGCAUAAAAUACUUUCAUCAUUACGUGAGCGCGGAUGGCCGAGUGGUCUAAAUGGUUUGUACUUUUACUCCAGGACUACAGGGGUCAGUGGUUCGAACCCAGUUGUGAGUUACUUUUUUUUCCUUUUUUAAUUUUAUUCUCGAUCUUUAACGAGAGCUUUUUAUUUCCAAUGUUUACAAUUAUCAAUAUAAAGCAUUUAAUGACAAACUUCAAAACAUGCAAAAAUCUGUGAAAAGGCCCCUUUAAAGCGUAUUGUAACUAUCUGCACUGACAGUGAAUUUGGUUUCUGUUAUCAAUGUGUUUUAUAUAAAAACACGUUCUUUUUCCAAUACGUGUAUGGAUCACACAGAAGUAACAACGCCGUUUUUUGCUGUACAUAUGUGUAUCGUUUGCAUUUACAUUACACCAUUGCUCAUUCUGAUUUUGAAUAGUGUUAUGCGUACAUUUACAUUAAAGUGUUGUUGUUGUU